ACCAGUCUGUGCCCCAUAACCGCUCUGCUCGGCGAUUCUGUUGGCUCCCGUGGACCAUGCCCCAUCGCCGCCCGCGAGAGUACACGUUAAGGACCGUAUGCGGGACCGCCAAGGACCGUAUGCGCCAGACGCUCGACGAGUUCAUGGGCACCGGCUGGGAUGGCGUCAAGAACUCGCUCCAGUACUCGGACCCCAAGGUAUGCCGCUGCUUCCUGCUGGGCCUGUCCCCCCACGACGCGCUUGCCGGUACCAAGAUAUCCAUGGGCGCUUGCUCCAAGAUCCACAACUACGCGCUCAAGGCCGACUUUAAGAACAGAUCCAGCAUGUACCGGCUUAGACGGCACCGCUUAUACGAUCUCACGGUACUCACCUACCUGCAAAAGGUAACCCGCUCGUGCGAGAUCCUGGACCGGGCCAAGAACGGCCGCCUGAUACGGUGUCAGUCUACGGCGCACAGCAAUCGCCAUUGCGAAAAAAAGGCCACGCUCAAGUCCUAUGGUGACAUGAUCGACAAGAAGCUCAUCGAGGCCGAAGAACUUGGCAACAAGGGCAAAGUGCAAGAGGCGCUCGCUGUCAUCAAGGAGGUCGAGCGGCUCAAGCGGCGCCGAAACCGACUCGAGAAGAUGCAGGACCGCAAGCCCAACGAACCGGUCAAGGAGCAGAAGCAGAACAUAUGCGAGGACUGCCAGCUCUGCAUUGGCCUCGACGACAACGAGCAAGGCAUCGCCAACCACUCGAGCGGCCGGCUCGACAUGCGCCGAAAGAACGCCGAGCUCACUCCCAGGCUCGAGAAGUCGCAGGUGGCGGGCGACUGGGCGCGCCUCGAAGCCGCGCAGCAGCAGUCGAAGCAGUCGACGUCGCACCUCGACCUAGCCUCGACCAGGGCGCAUAGCUAUUCGCCCAGGUCGUGCAGGCCUAGCAGCCGCAGCAGCAGCCGUAGCCGAAGUCGCAGCCGCAGUCGCAGGAGGGCGUAUACAGCUCCGACUCCUGCAGCAGCAGCAGUGAAUGUUCAUCGACUUCCCGCUAUAGUUCACGUUCACGGUCUCACUUGA